AUGAAAAUAAGUUGAAAAAAGCUUAUGAAAAAUGUCAUAAGCUGUUUUCACUUUUCAUAAAUUCUCCUAAACAGCAUCACAAAAAUUAUGCCAGUAGAUACUCUCAAAUAAGUCAAUCCAAACAGGCCCUGAGUCUAUAGUAUGGCUUUGUUUCUUUGAUUUUCAUUCACUUUACUCUCCUGUGCUAAUGACAUUAAGAAUGGAGGUAGUAGUUCCUAGACAAGAACAGUCAAAUCAACAUUCCGAGGAUAUGCUGAAGUUCUCUGGAUGCGCAAAAGCUUUUGGAAAUUCAAAGAGAAAGGCUGAAGAAUUUCAUGAGUGUGGUGGUAAUGAAAAACCGGAACCAGAAGGAAAAGGAAAUACUAUGGGAUGUUUGAAGGAGUAUAAAGUUUCACAAGAAAAUUUUGGAAUUUCACAUAAGAGAAGAUUUCAAGAAUAUCAUACACAUCAAACCGAUACAAAUUCAAAAGGGCAGAAAGAUGUUCUGGAAUGUUUAAAAGAGACACCCAAUCUAGCAUCUAAGAAGAGAGAUGGAUCAAAGAAGCUUGCUGCCUCAAAGAAGAAACGGAAACUUGAAGACGAACUCUUGCUUGACGAACUUGAACAAGAUGAAGAAAUGCUUUUUCUUCUUAAGACAAAGAACAGGAGCAGAACUGGUAGAAUCAAUAACAUAAUGCAGGGUGUUCAACAAAAUAACCGGAAAUGUCAUCAGUGCAUGAAAAAGGAAAGAACAUCUUUUGUGCCUUGCACUAAAUGUUCAAAAAUGUACUGUAUGCGAUGCAUCAAUCAAUGGUACCCUGAUAUGUCUACAGAAGAAGUUGCUGAAAGUUGCCCAUUUUGCAUUAAAAAUUGCAAUUGCAAUGUUUGCCUGCGUUCAAAAGGAACAAUUAAGACAUCUAACAUGGACAUCACCAAUUAUGAAAAAGCUCAGUAUCUGCAUUACAUGAUCAACUUACUCCUUCCAUAUCUGAAACAAAUUUGUCAUGAACAAUGUGUAGAGGAAGAUAUAGAAGCAAAAAUACAAGGAAAAUCUUCUGAGAUUGAGAUACCCCAAAGUCUUUGUGGUGACAAGGAACGUGUCUAUUGUGAUCAUUGUGCUACUUCAAUUGUUGACCUUCAUCGAAUCUGCCCAAAUUGUUCCUAUGAGCUUUGCCUCAAAUGUUGCAAAGAAAUACGUGAAGGAAGCAUUACACCCCGACCUGAGAUGAAGUUCCAGUAUGUGAAUAGGGGCUAUGAUUAUAUGCAUGGUGGUGACCCUCUACCAGUGUCUUGUGAUUUAGAGACUUCAGAUUGUCAUAUAUCUACCGAGUGUAAUGCCAGGAGUGAUGGAAGUGUUAGUUGUGUCCCAAAAGAGAUGGGGGGUUGCGGUAGUUCUCUGUUGGAGCUGAGGCGUAUCCUCCCACAUGGGUGGAUGUCUGACUUGGAAGACAAAGCUCGCAGUAUGCUGAAAAUUUGGGAAAUUAAACAAACUACUCUUCAGCAUGAAGAAGCUGUAUCGAGCUAUGGUUCAGAAUCAAAAAGCAGUUUAAAAGAAGGGAUGUUGCUCUUCCGAAAACAUUGGACAAAUGGUGAACCAAUUAUUGUUCGUGAUGUUCUAAAACAUGGGACAGGUCUGAGCUGGGAGCCGAUGGUCAUGUGGCGAGCAUUGUGUGAUAAUUUGGCUUCAGAUAUCAGUUCAAAAAUGUCAGAAGUGAAGGCCAUCGAUUGCAUGGCUAAUUGUGAGGUUGCAAUUAAUACUCGUAUGUUCUUUAAAGGUUAUAUAGAGGGAAGAACAUAUGGAAAUCUCUGGCCAGAGAUGCUGAAGCUAAAAGACUGGCCCCCUUCUGAUAAAUUUGAAGAUCUUUUGCCCCGUCAUUGUGAAGAAUUUAUUCGUUUCUUGCCAUUUCAACAGUAUACUGAUCCUCGGGCUGGAACUCUCAAUCUGGCUGUAAAGUUGCCAGCCCAUGUUCUAAAACCUGAUAUGGGUCCAAAAACAUAUAUUGCUUAUGGGAUUAGAGAAGAACUUGGCAGGGGAGACUCUGUAACAAAGCUUCACUGUGAUAUGUCAGAUGCGGUGAAUAUUUUAACCCAUACAGCAGAGGUAUUAUUAACUGAUAGGCAGAAGUCUACUAUUUCCAAUUUGAAAGAAGCACACAGAGCACAAGAUGAGAGAGAACACCGUGCUCCACAGAGGGCUGAUGUAUGCCUAAAUGGUCGACCUUGCGACAGCAGAGAACAUAUAGAAAAUAAGGAGGUACUAGAGUGCAACAAUAUGGAUAACCGUCCUAUCGAAAUCAGUGGAGACAUCUUUCACAAUGUGUCUGAGGGGGGAACUUUUCCUGCCAUUUCUACAGAAAAUGAAACAAUGGUAACAGGUAGUGCCCUGUGGGAUAUAUUUCGGAGAGAGGACACUGAAAAGUUAGGAGCAUAUCUUAGAAAACACUCGAAAGAAUUCAGGCAUACUUAUUGUUCACCGGUUGAGCAGGUUGUACAUCCAAUUCAUGACCAAUGUUUUUAUUUGACUUUGGAGCACAAGAAUAAGUUGAAGGAGGAGUUUGGGGUAGAACCGUGGACUUUUGAGCAAAAACUUGGGGAGGCAGUAUUUAUUCCUGCUGGAUGCCCACAUCAAGUCAGGAAUCUUAAGUCGUGCACAAAGGUUGCUGUAGACUUCGUGUCCCCAGAAAAUGUACAUGAGUGUCUUCGUUUAACUGAAGAAUUCCGUCAGCUUCCCAAGAAACACAAAGCUAGAGAAGAUAAACUUGAGAUACAGAAGAUGAUAGUUUACGCCAUUGAUCAAGCUGUCAAAGACCUAGAAGCUUUACUGAAUUGUUCCUGACUGGCUGAAUGUUGCAUGAAGAAAGCUACUUCAUUUUUCCUUAGUCGGUGAUCCUCCAGGUUGCUGAGAGUGUAAACUGCGUUCGGGAUAGAAAUCUUUAAAGUUUGAAUGCUUCAUUGAGAGGUUUUAAUGGCAUUCACAAUAGAGUUUUUCCUUUUGUCAAUGUUAAAUUUUAGAUAAAUUUACAAUGUCUGUGUUUAUUACUAUUUUUGCAAUAAAAAAUGUAAUUAACUCAGAAAUUUUCAAGAAAGUAUUAAUAAUUAUGGUAUUCAUACCAAAAGGAAAUACAGGCAAUCAUAUUAUACUG